AUGAACAACAAGGUCACUUUGCCACCCAUCUCGGAUAUCUUUGCCAACAAGGAGCCUCAGCACUUGGGAGCUAUGGGUCCACACCAACUUCCAUACUCCAGCGCUGGCGGGUACCCUGUCAUGCCAAUGUACUCAUACAAUUAUAUGAAUGCUGCUGCCGCAGCCGCUGCCAAAUCCAGUUUACCACCCUUGUAUCCUGGUACCGGUUCUUCUUACAUGUACGGAUCAAACUUCUCUGGCUACUCUGGACUGGCUCCAGCAGGCGCCAGAUACCCAGUCGGACUUCCAGUGCCAGCCACUACUCUGGGGUUGACCAGCGGAAGACUGCUGGUGGGAUCAGUUUCACGCAGACCAUCGAUGCAAGCACCAUCUUCGCCACCAAUGCGUUCGCCAGAACUGGAGCUGUCGUCUCCCGAGGCAGGAAAAAGCAGCAUGCUGCAAACUCGGUCGAGAACAAGAAAUAAUUUGCCUAAGGAGACAACAUAUAUUUUAUUGAAGUGGUUGAAUGAUCACUUGAACCACCCAUACCCAAACUCUUUUGAGAAGACACAAUUAAUGAUGACGACGGGGUUAAACCAGCAACAAUUAAGUAACUGGUUCAUCAACGCUCGCAGAAGAAAGAUUAAGGCGUUGCGCCAAAGACAAAAGCUGACGUCCAACUGA